UAAUUAUUGUAAUAUUGGUUUGCUUAAAUAAUUAUUUGUGCAUAUUAAUGCAUUUUAUGUAAAUAAUAUAAUUUGCAUGUAAUACUGAAGCGAUGUCAGUAUAAUUUAUUCUUAUUAAUCGUAUCAUUUUUAAGUGAUAUUAAUAUUUUAUGCCAACGACUUCACGUAUAUUUGAUAGAGGUUUUACUUAGUAGAAAAAAGCUUCUGUCCUUAUAUAUUGCCUUUGAAGCGAAUCCGAUAUAUAGAAUCGAUGUGAUUUGCAGAAACUCUUUACUUUUGUGAAGAUUGCGUAUGCUAUGCUGGUGAUCACCCUUUUGUUGAUGAUGUGGGCGUCCAUGGUGCGGAUGCAUGAAUUAUCAGUUUCAUAUCCGCCGUGCUUCUUUAAUCCACUCUGCACCUGUUCAAAAGUUAUACCGAAUCUCGGCAUAGUGGCGUGUUACAACGUGCCAAUGCCGCGAAUACCGCAGCCAAUUAAUUCGUUCAAAAUGUACAUACUACAACUGGAGAACAAUGGAUUAAGAUUUCUGCAGCCACAGUAUCUUAUGAAUACUGGUCUCUACAAACUGCAAAUUAAAUAUAAUCCCCUUGCGGAUAUUCCAGAAGAAGCCUUUCUAGGUCUUGAGAAAUCAUUAUGGGAGCUCGACUUGUCCUAUAAUCAACUCGCCGAAGUACCAAGCAAAUCAUUUAGACAUUUACAAAAACUACGACUUCUUGAACUCACAGGCAACAAGAUAUCCCGCAUUGUACCGGAGAAUUGGCGUGGCUUGGAGCAUUCUCUGCAAACUCUACGUCUGGGACGAAACGCGAUCAAGACACUGCCAGCCGAUGCCUUCAUCGGUCUCACAAACUUGGAAAUCCUUGAUCUUCGAGAAAACAGCCUAAAGGAGAUUGAUCCUUCUGUGUUCAGGGAUGGGAUGGCUCAUCUUACGCACCUUUAUCUGAAUGACAAUCAGCUGACAUAUAUACCUUACGCCCAGUUAUCUUUAUUAAAACGCAUGAAACUCCUUGAUCUGAGUUACAACAGGAUAUCGAAGAUGCUACAGGCCCAACAAGAACCGAAGAUUAAGGAUAUACAAAUGUCUCUGGAUGUGUUACAGCUGGAUUACAAUCAGAUCGAAGCUCUCGCGUUCGAUGAUUUUCAACACUUCUACAAGGUCAAUCGUACAUAUCUUAGAGGCAAUCCUUUGAUGGUUAUCGAGGAGGGCACGUUCAGAAAUUCACGUAUCCGUGAACUAUAUUUAAGCGAUUGUGAUUUGAUGGAGAUCAACUCGGCCAACUUAGCCGGCUUGGAAUCGUCACUCGAAUUAUUAGACGUAUCAGGAAACAAUAUAACUGCUCUUCCAGAUCGUCUGUUCCAAGAAUUUGAUUUCCUACGUACGCUCGUCUUCCGCGAAAAUCGUAUUGAGACAUUUUCGCCAACCGAAAUUUUUAAUGGCUUCCAAUAUUCGUUGUAUAAUUUGGACCUCAGUGGUAAACAGAACAGCAUGAUUUCCUUUCAAGAUCUACGACGAAUGAGAAAUCUGCGUUUCCUUUCGAUCUCCCGAAUGCCACAGGCGACCUUAUCAGCGAAUGAUUUCCUAGAAUUUGGUAUGGAUCUCAGAGAACUACGGAUAGUCAACAGUAAUUUAGACACGAUCAAAGGUCAUGCUUUCAUGCACGUUCGCGGAAUUAAGUAUCUCGACUUUUCUGAAAAUUCGAUAUCGACAAUAGAUGACGAGGCAUUCUCAGAGGUGGGUCAUUCUCUGUUGACGUUAAGAAUGUCUCACGGUCUUUCCUCCACCAUUUCUGAAAUACCAAGUCGACAAUUGAGCUCGUUGACGAAUUUGCAGCAUCUUGAUUUUAGCAAUAAUAAGCUAAAAUCUUUAUCCGCUACGUCUUUUCAUUUUUUGAAGAGGAUUAAACGCAUUGAGUUUCAGGAUAACGAAAUUGCCAAUAUACCGAAGGGUACCUUUCAAGGUGACAUUCAUUCAAUGCUGGAAGAGAUCAAUUUCGCUUUUAAUCAAAUGAAAAAUUUACAAACUCAUACAUUUGUCGAUCUAUCGGCCUUAAUGACGAUCAAUUUGGAGGACAAUGCCAUCGAGAGAAUCGAAAGACGAGCCUUUAUGAAUAUGAACCGACUUAAAUACAUUAACUUGCGCGGCAACAAGAUUAGAGACAUCGCCGAUGAAGCCUUCCAGAAUUUACCAGAGCUUGAAUUUCUUGAUCUAGGAUACAACAAUCUUAAUGAAUUUAAUUUCGCCUCGUUUGAUCAAGUGGGAACAUUAUCGUCAUUCAAAGUCAACGUUAGUCAUAAUAAAAUUUCAAGAUUGUGGAUGAAUAGCACCACUUUUGCAUCCCUGUCUGGUGUUGGCAGUAAUAUCAAAGUUUUGGAUUUGAGUUACAAUAAUAUCUCCGAUAUCACAAAGUAUUACUUCAAACCGGUCGAAUACUCGCUUACUCAUCUAUAUCUAUCGAACAAUCAACUGAGAAACAUUUCUCAGGGUGUUUUUGGCAACAUGCCUCAUUUGCAAUGGCUCGACUUGAGAUAUAACAUGCUGAUGGAGCUGGACUGUGAUUGCUUCAAGAAUACAAAGAGCUUGCAAGUGUUACUUUUCUCCUGGAACGAGAUCAUGGAUAUCUUGGCGGAGACUUUGAAACCCCUGAAAAAACUGCGCAUUGUGGAUUUGUCCCAUAACAAGCUUAAAGUACUGCCAAACAACAUGUUUACUGAUUCCAGCAUAGAAAGUCUUGAUCUUUCGCAUAAUCAAUUUACAAGAUUGCCUAUCAACAGCAUGUCGGUUACUUCGACUACAAGAUUAACAAAUCUAGAUAUGUCCUGGAACGCUCUGUCGGGAAUCCACAGCACCGACACAAUAUUUAGACUCAAAGGUCUCGUGUGGUUAGACCUGUCAUAUAAUCGACUUGUUAGAUUAGAUGACGGCGUAUUUUCUGAUCUAGCGUGUCUUGCUCAUCUCGAUUUAAGCCACAAUAAGCAACUCGUUCUGGACAGCCGUGAAAGGAUGUUCUAUGGUUUGGAAAACAUGCUUCUGUAUCUCAGUCUGAGCAAUAUUUCUCUUUUGAGCGUUCCAGAGUUGCCUCUACGGCGAUUACAAACCUUAUAUUUAGCUCAUAAUGAGCUGGCAUCGAUUCCUUCGGAAAUAUCGAAUCUAACAUCUCUUCAUUAUUUGGAUUUAAGUUUCAACGAUUUGACAGUAAUACCAUUAAUCACUCACACAUUGCCAGAAUUAAAGACCUUUAACUUGGCGAACAAUCCCAUUACUGCCAUUCUAAAUAUCAGUUUUCUCAGCGUGGCAGACAGUCUCGAAGAGCUCGACAUACGAGGGCUCAGUCUGUCAGUUUUUGAACCGGAUGCACUCUGCAAAGCUACCAAACUCCGUAAAUUGUACAUCACUGCGUACAACGGUAUAAAGAACUUUAAUUUUCCCAACAUUCUAGAGUGCAAUCACGGUUUGAAACAUUUGCUCAUUGAUGUCCGGAAUGACACCAAUUUAGAGAAGGAAAUGAAAGGGAAAUUACCCUCUAAAUUGUACAACAUUACAUUGACUGGUAGAGCUUUAAAAAAUAUACAUUCAGAGAUAUUGCACGGUAUGCGAAAUCCUCAUCUUCAUUUCGGUUUGUACAAUACCAGCAUAACAACAGUUCCGCAGGAAAUAUUCAGUAAUGCGCAGCGUGUGCGCAAUAUAACCGUGGAGAUUCGCAAUAGCAAUACUCGAACACUGCAUAAUCCCUCAUCCGGUUACAAGCCAGGAGUGUCGGGCGAGCGAUUUCUCAUGAAACUUCGAUUAGCGGGCAGUCAUCUCAAUUGCGAUUGUGAUAUCGGAUGGAUAGAAGUAUGGCAGAGGAAACACAGACAGUAUCAAGAAGACCGAUGUAUCUCUUACGAUGAGUUCCAGAAUUUCGAGCGAGAAGAGGGCGACGAAUUCAGUUGUUGGGACAACGGUUGGGAUGACGAUCUCCGCGAGACGUUCUGUCUGAACAAAAACAACAUAUCGUUGUCGAACUUAUUAAAAACGGAGCUGGAAUGCGGAUGGGGCAUGGCGAGUCACACUAUCGAACUGAACAUUAUCAUUUUCUUGGUAUUUUCGGUUGUCUUAGCUGUAAUUUAUUAAGCGUCUCAUUCUCUAUUUCAUUGUCUUCUAUUCAAUAUCCUUAAAUUGGUUUACGAAUUUUAUCGUACCGAAUAAUUAUAAAGAAAUGAUUAUCUAGAUUAACUAGAUCAUCAUGCGCGCUCAUAAAUUUGUACAUAAAAGAGAAUUAACCACAAUUUCUAAUAAAAAAUUUCUGUAAGGGUA